CCUCCUCUGUCUCCCCCCAAACACACACUCUCCUCAUCCCUCACUCCUCUCCUUCUGGGUUUUCUCUCGGCUGCUCUUGCGUAUGUGUCUCUGAUGAAGGCUCGCACUAAACUGCCUUCGCUCUGCUCUUGUGUGAAGUACAGGUAUCAGGAUGAGGAGACUCCACCCCUGGAGCAUAGCCCCGCCCACUUGGCCCACAGUAAAAGCGCUGAGAUGCUGCAUAUGAGUGACAAAAACCUGGCUGCUAUGGACACCAUGCACGGCUACGCACCUCACACACACAUCUCUCCUGUGAAGCCCGUGUUGCUCUCGGCUGGACACACACCACUCUACACCUCUGCUGUCUCCACAUUGGCAAAUUCUCCACCAGUGGUAGUAAACACAGAUACCCUCGAUGGUUCACCUUAUGUUAAUGGGACAGAGGAGAUUGAGUAUGAAGAGAUCACGUUGGAAAGAGGGAACUCAGGUCUGGGUUUCAGUAUAGCAGGUGGUACAGAUAAUCCUCAUGUAGGAGACGAUCCAAGUAUCUUCAUCACCAAAAUCAUCCCGGGAGGAGCAGCAGCUCAGGACGGGAGGCUGAGGGUGAACGACAGUAUCCUGUUUGUGAACGAUGCAGAUGUGCGUGAGGUGAGUCACAGUCAAGCCGUCGAGGCUCUGAAGGAAGCCGGAGCCAUCGUCCGUCUCUACGUCCUGCGCAGGAAACCCAUCGCCGAGAAGGUCACCGAGAUCAAACUCAUCAAAGGACCCAAAGGUCUGGGGUUCAGUAUAGCAGGCGGUGUUGGUAAUCAGCACAUUCCCGGGGAUAACAGCAUCUACGUCACUAAAAUAAUUGAAGGUGGAGCAGCACAUAAAGACGGCCGGCUGCAGAUCGGAGACAAAAUCCUAGCGGUGAAUAACGUGUGUUUAGAGGACGUGAUGCACGAGGAUGCGGUUGGCGCACUAAAGAACACAGCGGACGUCGUAUACCUCAGAGUGGCCAAACCCAACAACCUGUACCUUACACACACCAACAGCUACAACCCUCCUGACCUCACCAGCACUUAUUCUUCUCACAUGGACACUGAGCUUGGUCACCCUAACUUCCUGGGUUCAGAUUACCCACAAGCACUCACUCCCACAUCCCCCAGCCACUUCUCACCGGUGCUGCACGGCAUGCUGGGAGACGACGACGUGCCCAGAGAUCCGAGGCGUGUGCUGAUCCACAGAGGGUCCACGGGUCUGGGCUUUAACAUUGUCGGAGGCGAGGAUGGAGAGGGAAUCUUCAUCUCCUUCAUUCUGGCUGGAGGACCAGCAGAUCUAAGUGGAGAACUGCGUAAAGGAGACCAGAUACUAAGUGUGAAUGGCGUUGAUUUACGAGCUGCAACACAUGAACAAGCUGCAGCAGCACUAAAAAAUGCUGGACAGACUGUGACCAUCAUCGCGCAGUACAGACCUGAAGAAUACAGUCGGUUUGAGGCAAAGAUCCAUGAUUUAAGAGAGCAGCUGAUGAACAGCAGUUUAGGUUCAGGAACAACCACACUGAGGAGUAACCCGAAGCGCGGUUUCUACAUCAGAGCUCUGUAUGAUUAUGAUAAGACGGCAGAUGGUGGGUUCCUCACUCAGGCCGUGAGUUUCCGUUUCGGUGAUAUCCUCCACGUGUUGGACUGCAGUGAUGAGGAGUGGUGGCAAGCUCGAAGAGUAGGACCUCAGGGGGACAACGAGGACAUCGGCUUCAUUCCCAGCAAGAGAAGGGUCGAGAGGAAAGAGUGGUCCCGUCUAAAAUCAAAAGAACGGGAUCGCAGUCGAGACAGUUUAGGAUCACAAGGACGAGACGAAUCGGCGCAUAGUUACGAGACGGUGACACAAGUGGAAGUUCACUACGCGAGGCCCAUCAUCAUCCUCGGCCCGGUGAAGGACAGAGUGAACGACGAUCUGCUCUCUGAGUUUCCAGACAAGUUCGGUUCCUGCGUUCCACAUACGACGCGGCCGAAGCGAGAGUACGAGGUGGAUGGGAGAGAUUAUCACUUUGUGGCGUCACGGGAACAGAUGGAGAAAGACAUCCAGAGCCAUCGGUUCAUCGAGGCGGGGCAAUACAACAGUCACCUGUACGGCACGAGCGUCCAGAGCGUGAGGGAGGUGGCUGAACAGCAGGGUAAACACUGUAUCCUGGAUGUAUCAGCGAACGCUAUCCGCAGACUGCAGGCUGCUCAGCUUCACCCUAUCGCCAUCUUCGUCCGACCCAAAUCCCUCGAGAACGUUCUGGAGAUUAAUACCAGGCUGACAGAGGAACAGGCACGGAAAGGCUUCGAUCGUGCAGUGAAACUGGAGCAGGACUUUCUCGAGUGCUUCUCAGCCGUGGUGGAGGGCGACAGUUUUGAGGAGGUCUAUCACAAGGUGAAGACAGUGAUCGAGGAGCAGUCCGGUCCCUUCAUCUGGAUCCCGACCCGAGAACGACUGAGCGAGUGGUGAGGAGAGCGACAGAUGGAGGAAGAGGCUUUAAUAUAAACCAGGAAAGAGAUGGACAGAUAGGUGAAUGAAAGGAAGGAUGGAUGGAUGGACAGAUCGUAUAUAUUUAAUAUUUAAUAAAUAACAUUCUAUACACGCUA